UAUAGGAAAUAUUUUUAAAAUGUCGAAAAUAUUAUUAAAAACAACAUCUCAUGAAAAGAUGCGUAAAAACAUUCUAGAUGAUAAACAUAAUUCACAUGGAAGAUUGAAGGACAAUUCUAUGGACAAAAAACGUUCUGAAUUAACGUCAGUUACUUCGUCUACAGAGAUCUGUUCAUCCGGAUUUGACGAACAAAAACAGCAAAUUAUCGAUAGUGACUGGGGAGGAUACGCCUUGGAUUUAGAUUUAUGGGAGGACAGUAAAUCGUCUAUUGUACAGAUCAGGCCGAAUGAAGUAUUAUUGGACAACAAGGAAAGUUUCGGCUUUUUGUCCGACAGAUUGAUAGGCAUCGGCUCAUCCUUUCUAAUGAGAUCACCUGAAAAUGGUCUCUAUAUUCUCAGUAAAUGUGUCUUGAAAAAUAGGAGUCUUACAGAUAUUACCAUGUUGCGAUAUCAUCGACAUUUGCAAUAUAUUAAUGUCGCUAAUAAUAAUAUAUCGUGUUUGUCGCCUCUGAGUGGCCUUCCAUACUUAAUGUAUUUAAACAUAUCGCACAAUAAAAUUGAACAUGUAUCAAAUUUUACACCUCCUUGGUACCUCACCUACGUAAAUUUAUCUUACAAUCAUUUAACAGACAUCGGCGAUCUGAGCGGUUGCUGGAGCAUUGUCAGAUUGAACUUAUCUCACAACAUUUUAGAAAGUAUUUCUGGGCUAGAAAAUUUAAAACAUUUACAGUACUUGAACUUGUCCUACAACCUCAUCGAACGUGUUGAAAACUUGGACGAUCUGAAUAUACGAGAAUUAAAUUUAGAAGGCAAUUGUAUAUCAUCAUUUAGAUCUGCCAUACCUGGCCGUGGCAUAAAUACGUUGCCUAAUUUGCGAACAAUUUUCCUGGGAUACAAUAGAUUGUCGACUCUGAACUUUUUCAAAGAUGCAUACACCUUACGCUUCGUAGAUCUAAAGUUCAAUAGAAUCACUGAUCUAAUGGAGAUAUUGAAUUUGAAAGGCUUAAUAUUUGAGGUCGAUUUUAGAGGCAACACCUGUACAAAGUGGCCCAAUUAUCGAAACGUAUUGACAUCUUCUAUAUCAAGCGUUAAAUUUAUUGACGGCGUUCAGGUCUUUCCGGAAGAAAAGGUGACAUCGGCUAUGCUGUUUGCCUCGCCAUUGGACUUGAUAGCUGCCCGUAAAGUAGCAAAAUUAACUUUACUAGAACACUUAAACAUCAAUAAGAUAAAUGCUCACGUUCAACCAUAUGAUGAAAUCAGCCCUCCUUUGAUGAUACUCACAGGACCGUCGGCGUUGAAGAAAAUGGCACUGGCCUUGCAUGUGGCUCAAACAAUUCCCGAUAAAAUAAAAUAUUGUCAUUGGCAUACUACAAAGGAGAUAUGUGAAGACGAUGACGAACGUAAAGCGUACAUUCCUGUAAAUAGAGAAGAGUUUAACGAUAUGGCACGGCGUGGCGAAUUUUUAGUGGUUCUGGACCUCUUGGGCGAUAGUUACGGAUUUCAUGUAAAUCAGAUUCGUCCAUUGAUAUCUGAACACAAAAUUGGACUUACUCAAAUGAACCUAUAUGCAGUCACCGAAAUUUCUAAACGAUAUCCGAACGUGAAAGCGAUCUUGGUGUUUACACAAAGUAUUGAUCUUCACAAAGAUUGGAUACAAGAGAAAUUUGACGUUUAUACUUGGAUUAAAGACAGUGUGGAAAAUUUGUUGGCUGUUAAAAUAGGCAAGCACCGUGAAGAAGAAACAGAGACUGCUAGUUGUAUAUUAAACUUUAUCGAAGAAAUUUUGGAUGAGAUAAUGAGCCGUCUAAUAUUUCCAAUUUAUCACGGUAUCUCCGUGAGACCUCAAGGAAACGGGGCUACAACAACCGAUAUAAUAUUGCAAAAUAAGACGAUGUUACCGAAAGUUGUAUUGCGGAGUGAAAUAACAUCACAGAAAAAAAAGCACAUUACAUUAGUAGAAACGAAAAAUGAAAAAGAUAUAAAAUCAUUUGAUCAAUUAUCAGAAGAAAAAAAACAGACGUCGGAAGAAUUAAAAGUAUUAUUGGACGAGGAAUCGAAUAUCAUUAUUGACGAUGAAGAGACGAAACGUGAAAAACACAGGUCGAAGAUGUUGCAGCGUCGAACUAUAUUGAUGAUGGACAUGCUUGAUCAGUUCGAUAACGAUAAUUUCAGCGAAUCAACAUCUUCCGAAGAAAUAAUGGACAUUCAUCAAGAGAGGAUAACGCCCGAAGAAAAAGCAAAAGCAUUAAAAAAUAUAUAUAUUGAACUUGUUAUAAAAAGUAGGAAAUUGUACUUGGAUUACCACGAAAGCCACCCUGGCUUCUUUACUUUAGUGCUGCUUAUGGAUGAAUAUACAAAAGCUUUUGACUCAUUAAUCAAAUUCAUUUAUGAAUCGUAUUCAAAUUUGCCUUACAGAAAAUCAAUAUUCUUAUCAGAAAUGCAGCAUUUUAAACAUACGGCUAUUCCCGUUGUGCUUGAAAGUAUCGUUGAUAAGAUCAGAGAGUGAGUAUAUGACAUUUA